UUAUCGGAUACCUUGUGUGUUUACCACGUAGGCAGCCAUUAUUUUUUAUAAAAUUGGCAUUUGAUAAUUGAAUUUACUAUGGGAGGAAAACAUAAAAGAAAAAGAAAGCGGGCAGACAGAAAUGAACAUAAUUCUUCGUGGCUAGCUCCUUACGAUCGCUCUAUACAGCCAGGAUACUCAAACUUUCAUAAUGAAACACACGAGCGGAAUCAGAGAAAUCAUGGAGUUUAUGGUUGGUUUCACGUAUUUAAUUUUCACAGAAUAUUACCAGGAGGUCGUGUUGCAAGGGAACCUGAUUUUGCCAUUCUUGUACCAGUUGAAGGGACUCAAAAUGUACCGAGUAUUCGUGAACCAGAGGAUAGGCCAAGGGCACAGAUGGACCAAAACUUUGAUCAACAGGCGGCGGUGGCAUUGUUCAUUUUACUCUUUUUUGUAUUUAUCCUGUGGUGUUUAUACGUUACAGUUACAGGACAAUACUGAGUUUCUAAUUGAUAAAAACAUAAGCAUGGCAUAUUAAUGAUAUUAACAGAGGAAACUUAUGCAAAAUGAACACCUACAUCAAGUUGUUGAAAUUUUCUGAAAAUAAAUAUACAUUGCAUAUGAAUGUUAUCAGUGAAGGUCUGGUUACUUUUGCAUUAUCUUAAACAUUGAAAAAUCGUCUUAAUGACUAAAGUAUGUAUCCAAUAACAAGACGAAUAAGUAAAUAUUUAGGUUGACGUUUUCCGAAAUCUGGUGACCUAGCCGUAGCGUACAAUUUUCCAAAAUUAAAAAUAUCAGCCGAUAAACAAAAGUUGGUUUUCCAAUAACUGUAAAUAUACCGACCAAUCGCACUACUCUAACUAUAAAACGAAAGUAAGCUAGUUACGAUAAUAAGGUAUAUAAAUAGUCGCAACUUCCAUGCUUUCCGAAAUUAUAGAAUAGAGUGUAUUAUUUAGCAUGGCACGAAAUAAGAAGAAGAACGAUGCAGGCACUGGAGAAAAAGUUAUAACUGGUGAUUUACAAAAUAGUGUGAUUCGAGUUAAGAAGAAUGAAUCUUCGGAAAUUGGAGUUAAAACCUGUGAUGUUUCCGGAUGUAAAACAAAAAUGAAAGCAAAGAAAGCUGCUGAAACAAUUAAUAAACCGGUAUCGACAUCACAAUCAGGUAAUUGUGGCUCGAAAUCGAAGAUAACUACUGAAACAAUUAAUACACUGGUAUCGAAAUCACAAUCAAGAAAUGGUGGCUCGAAAUCGAAGAAAACUUCUGAAACAGUUAAUAAACCGGUAUCGACAUCACAAUCAAGUAAUGGUGGCUCGAAAUCGACGAAAACUACUGAAACAAUUAAUAAACUAGUAUUAACAUCACAAUCAAGUAAUGGUGGCUCGAAAUCGAAGGAAACCACUGAAACAAUUAAUAAACCGGUAUCGACAUCACAAUCAAGUAAUGGUGGCUCGAAAUCGAAGGAAACUACUGAAACUAUUAAUAAACCGGUAUCGACAUCACAAUCAAGUAAUGGUGGCUCGAAAUCGAAGGAAACUACUGAAACAAUUAAUAAACCGGUAUCGACAUCACAAUCAAGUAACGGUGGCUCGAAAUCGAAGAAAACUACCGACACAAUUAAUAAACCGGUAUCGACAUCACAAUCAAGUAAUGGCGGCUCGAAAUCGAAGAAAACUACCGACACAAUUAAUAAACCGGUAUCGACAUCACAAUCAAGUAAUGGCGGCUCGAAAUCGAAGAAAACUACUGAAACAAUUAAUAAACCGUUAUCGACAUCACAAUCAAGUAAUGGUGGCUCGAAAUCGAAGAAAAAUAAUCCCAUGACAGCAAAUCAAGAAAGGCAAGCUACCACACUGGAAAAACAAAAGAGCAAACCAACAAAGAAGGAUUCUCAAACGAAGAAAAUGGAAACAAAUCUUCGGCCGUCGGAUAUACGUUACUCGCAAUCGUCGAUUUCAAGUCAAUUUAAAGAUGGCACAAAUAUUGGCCAGUUAUUGGACGAUAUAUUUUUCGGAAGAUGUUUCGCAUCAGCAAUCCCGCAAAUUGAAGUUUCGCACAUAGAGGGACAUUGGGUUUCUGCUGACAACAGAAGACUAUGGGUAUUCAAGCAACUUGAGAUACUCGGUAGACUUGACUUUAUAACUGUAAAGGUCUCGAAAAGAAUUUACAUUGGAAAACUCACUAGUGAAAAUGCUGGAAUGGUUGUUGAAAUACGAAAUGGGGAUCCAACAGGAGUAGUGUAUGCUUUAAUGUAUGAUGGUCAAAACCAGAAUACGGACGACGAUUCAGCAGAAGAGCCGAAAGACCUAGCACCAGAAAGUAAACGAAAACGAAAAAGGAGAAGAAGAAAACGCAAACCAAAGACAAGUCAUGAAAACAACAAUAACACUGAUAAACCUGAACAUGAGAUAACCAGUUUAGAUCAUUUAAAAACCGCACCGAAUGACAUAGACCUAGAUACCUGUCGAGAAAAUCCACUUGAUGAACUUGAAACACUUUUACACUUCAAUCAAGACCUUGUAGAUGAAGACACCUAUUAUGAGGAAUAUGUAUAUAAUGACAGUGACGGUGUGACAUGCCUUUCUGACACGGCCCUUCUCAGUGAAAAUGUCGUGUUAGAAGUCGCAACAGACAGUCAUUGGGCUGAAUGUGAAAAACUUUUAAAGACUUACCAUGUCGAGACAGCAUUAAGUAAGUACAGAGAACGACAUCCAUCAUCUGAGGAUUCCGAACUUUCAGAUAGUUUCGACGUUUCUGCAUUGACGCAUAAUCAUGAACUAGCCUCACAUAUAAGGCUUAGUGACUGUACUGGUGCAGAUUUUGAAAAACAACACGAAGGAAGAAACGUUUUUUACCCACAGGAGUAUUUUGCACAGACGUCCGCUCAGAAUGAUUUUUCGGAAUCAGCCGACGACAAUGGACUCAAUCAUUCGUGGGAUAUAUGUCAGACAGAACCAGACUUCAGUUACAGAUGUGAUGCUGAUUCUGAACUAUGUUGUAAAUAUAAAUGUGCCCGAUGCACUCGAAUGCUGUUCUACCGUGAACUGGAUAUAGGACCUUAUUAUGAACCUCCUUGCCAAUGUACAACAGCAAUUAACAGAUCGCCUCAGUACCUUGUUGUAACAGAAAGUACAGCAGUCAAGACAACUUUCAAAGAUAAAUCAAUUCUGGCCAAAUUAUCUCGCGGUGUUGACACUGCUGUAGGAUUUUUUAACAAAAUAUUUAGUUAGGUUUAUGUACUUUUCCAUGCUUUCAUUAAUUUUGUUUUGAACUGAUCAGUACACGUGAACUGGCAAACUUUUAUGUGCUUAAAGAAAAAGAAAUUAUAACUAGUUAAAACUAAUCUUUCAUUGAAUCAAAUUACUUGUAGUCAUUCUAUGUUUUCAUGUGUGAUUUUGUUUGUAACGAGUUGCCUGUGAUAUAAUAUUGCCGUAUUAUUCAAUAAAAACGCUGUUGUGUGUUAGUAAG